AUGACCCGAAAUACAUCUUCCAACGGUUCUAAAAAGAAUCCAAACGAUGAGCAACCUAUGCCCAGGAAUAAUAGAACUAAAAAUACUUCGUCUUGCAACUAUUGUAGAAUAAACAAAGUUAGAUGCGAUUAUUUACGUGAUGGUCGAUGCAGGCAAUGUAUUAAUCAUAAUCGCAUAUGUAUAUCUGAUCCUCAGAAAAAGAGGGGCCCCAAAGGUAAAAAAGCACCUGGAUCAAGUAUAAAAUCUAGGGAAAAAAAUUUACAAAAUCUGGGUGAAGCAUUUUUGCGAUCUAUAAGAGGGGGUAGUCAAGAUUUAGAUGACUUAGUUCGAGAAACUCGUUCGCAAAAUCGAACUUUGAACGAAAAUUCUUCAAGAAUUAAUAAUAGUGAAUCAAUGCUAUCUCCAGCAAUAAAUAACGAGCAAAUAAUAAUUCGAUCACCUAGGACUCCUUCACCAACUCGAGAAAAUCAACAAAGGAUAAACAAUGAACUUGAAUUUGACUUGCAUGGGAACGUUUCAAAUCCAAAUACUUUAAGCUAUUCAAGCACAAGUAACAUGGUUCCAAUGUAUUCAGGAAACCAGCAACAAACUUUGCCCGUUUUGCAAAUUCCAGAAAUAACUUCACAGAAUUUCGCAGAUUUAAGAACAGUAUCUCCCAUGGAAAUUAUUGGAUUGAAUGGCGAAGUCGAUCUUUCCCCAAUCGUUUGUAGUACACCAAAUAAUACAUUUAAUCAAUCACCUGCUUUAACUGGGGAUUUUCAACUCAUGUCAAUGCCAAUGUUGUCACCACUUUUACCUGCAGAUCCUCAAGCAAUGUCAGUGCCAUUAUUUGAUGAUCCAUCACCUCUUUUACCUGCAAGUCUUCAACCUAUGUCAGGUGAUGCAUCGCCUCUUACCGAUUUCACUCAAGUCAUGAUAGUUCCAUCGCUUGAAGUAUCACCCCUUAACAAUUUCUUUACUUAUCCUCAAGCCAUGAUAAUGUCACCGCUUGAUUUGGGAUCAUCUGAAAUGUCAUUUCCCGAUCUGAAUGAUGAAACAUAUAUAAAUUCUACCACAAAUCCCCAAACCGUUCAACACCUAUUAUCAGUUCCACCAAGAAACAGAUUCCAUCAGAGGAAUGACAAUUUUGAUAAUUUUAAUCGAUUUAUGACUGAUUAA